AUGGGUCAAGAAGAGAGCAAGCCGGAGAAGGCGAAAGAGGAAGAAGAGUUCUUUGCCCGGUAUGAGCAGGUCCAGGACAGCAUCAAUCCGAUCUACCGGUACGAGGGAGACGACGAUGGCGGUGGUGAACGAGUGGCGGAUGUGGGUUCGACGUUCAACAUUGGCGAGGUGGUGGAUCGGUUGAGGAAAGCGAAGGAACAGCGGAAGGGCAAGCGGGUGAACGACAGUGAGGGUGCAGAUCGUGGGGAGGGCGAGAGUUCAGCCAGCAGUGACAGUAGCCUGCGGGUGGAGGUGGGUAAGAAGCACGUGGAGCGGCAGCAGAACGAGGCGGACGGUAAUGAGUUGGAUGUCAGCGUGUCAGGCGAGCCUGUGAUUCUGUCAUGGGUCUCGUUGGAGGUAAAUUCCAUGGUGAACGCAACAUCCGGAGACAGCAUGUCUGUGCGUUGGUACCUGGGCAGCGACUUUGGCGACGAACACAACUUCCAAGUCGAACCGUUUUUUGAAAACGUGCUCGGUAGUGAAGCCGAACAGUGUGCUUGCCAGGUUCCAGCGCUCGCCAUUGGGCGGUACGUCCGCGCUGUCGUGACCCAGGUGGUCUAUGGCUGGAAACCACUGGGCUACGAAGCCACCGUCGGUCAGGCAUACGACCCAUUAAAACCCAAUAGCGAGAUCAGAGACACCAACAACGUCCGUAGACUUACCUCAUCCAUCACUAUCGGACCUGCUAGACUACCAGAGAAGUGGUAUUCUUUGUACUACCUUGUACUCUAUCCCUCGUCAGACAUCUCACCCGUGGAUGGGACAGCGGAAAGUGCGACGACCGCAACGGUUAACCUCGACGCAAAAGGUGACGCAAAACGGAAGAUAGAGGUGAAGGUGGUCCAUCCCUCAAGCAACAAGGUCAGAGAAGGAGUGAGGGAACUCGAUAACGAUGACGAAGAAGGGGAGGAGGGCAAUUGUGUAGACAGACAGGAAACGGCUGCAUUAAAGGCUGGAGUGGAAUUUCUCACUGUCAGAUCCCGACAGCCAUCCGACGCCCUUCGCUUCUGGGAGGAGAGCUUGAAGAGGGAGGAAUGGUCCAAGGCGGCCGCGGAAGUGCUCAAAAUCCCGUACGAGAAGUUCUUAUUGAGACUCUCCUCCGAGUCGCUGGCUCCAGGCAGUCCCAAAGAGAUGGUCCUAAGGUUACUGGAGCGUGUUCCACCGAAGCGACACGAGCAGAGAGAGGAUGUCAAGUUUGUUGCCAAAGAAAACCAGGCCGACCUUCUCUACUUCUGGGGGCUAAUCAACUGCGUUCAAGCCAGCUGGGACGAAACGUUGGUGAAUGCCAUCUCGGACCAGGACAUGACCCCUUUUGAAUUCUGCUCGGUUCUUCUCCAAAAGUGGCUGCUCAAAAUGAAACGACGGGAUCUCGUGAAAAUGACCUGA